AUGGAGAAGUUCUCGGUAUAUUCAGACAAAACCACGGGGAUAUCACCCUUUUUGCCGGUGUCGUUGCACCCUACGGUGGCAACCUACAUUUUCCACAUGGUCAUUAUUCCAAUCAAGCUCUUGACAAUGCUUCCCGUGUUGAUCGUGCUCCCUAUUCUCACGAUGUUCCCUAACACUUUUAAGGUCAUCAUCGAUGUCAUCUUGGCCUACUUCUUCAAUGUCUCGGAGACCGAACUAGCCAUUGACGGUGUUCGUCGAUCAGAUGAAAAGGCUAAGCAGGAAAAGAGUCCAAGAAAUGGCGAUGUUAUUCUUGUCAACGCCACUGGACCUUUGGACUGGUUUGUCUGGAAAAUGAUUUCUGAGAACCCAAAAAACGUCAAAGUUGGUAUUGCAGCAAGCGAAGGAGUCGCCAUUUUUGACUCCUGGACAUCCUGGAUUUCGUGGUGCUUUAGCGGCUCAUUGCAUGUCCCUAAUAAAGGCAAAAGUAAAACUGUGCACAUCACUGACAUCGAUGCAUCGUCCUCCAACGUUGACGGUGUCGCAGACUUGAAAAAGUACGUGGGUAACAAGGGUACGCUAUAUGUGGUUGUAGAAGGCACAAUUACAAACAACAAGGGCAUUUUGAGCUUCCCACGGGGGUUUGAUGUCGGUGCUUUGGCGAAAAUGACUAUCUCAUCCGGCUAUGGACUCAAAGUCUUGUCUAUGAAGGUAUUGCCUGCUGGAAUAUCCGGAACGGUCAUCCCAACCAACAAGUGGUGGUGGCUCUUUCUUAACUUUGGCAGUCUCAGCAUGAACCUCAAGUAUAAGAUGAGAAUGACUGCCCUUGUGGACAAGUAUGCCCAGACAGAUGCUGAAAACAUGGAGCCAGAGAUGAUUACGGAUAGCGUCAUACGCACUAAGUUGGCCAAUAACAGUCGUCUGAAGCUACUGAGUAGGGAUAUGGACGUCCACAAGAAGAGAGAGUACAUACACGCUGUACGGGAAAGCAUGGAGAAGAAGUAUGUUUAG